GUUUCAUGUGUCCUUACUUAGGAAGUAUGUCCCCGACCCGAGUCACAUCAUUAAUCCCGAACCAAUUCAACUCCGGGAGGAUCUUACUUAUGAUGAGCACCCGAUCCGCAUUUUAGAUUCCAAGGAGAGGAUAAUGUGGAGAAGGACCAUUCGUUUUGUUAAGGUCCUCUGGAACAACCAUUCGGUUAAAGAAGCUACUUGGGAGUUGGAAUCCAAGAUGAGGCAGGAACAUCCGCACCUCUUCCAAGAUUGAGCCACUUUCGCGUCUGCUCUAUUUUCUUAUCCCUGCAGCCGAACACCACCAGCCUUCACCACCGCCUACUCCUUUUGGAAACUUGGAAUUUCGGAUCUGCUGUCUUCUCUCUUCCCUGCCGCCGGCCAUAGCUUGGUCUGAGUUCGGUUUUCCUGGUAAAAUCAGCCAUGAAUUCCCUUCUUUUUCAACCUUGGUGUGUGUGGGUUUACUCUAAUUCUCCUUUCUUCAAUUGCUAGAAGUCUGCGUGAAGCCCCCUGCAAUUUUUCCCGUCGGCACCUCCUCAUCCCGCCAGCUCCAGCUUGCUUGUUGAGCAUUUUUGGUCCUUGAUUGCCCUGUGGUCUUAGCACUUGGAUUAGGCCUUCUGUUCUGCGUGACUAAGGUAAGUAAAUUGUGGUAAUGCCCUUAAAUUUUCGAAGCAUAUUUUAACUGUUUUCUGAGAUGGUGGCGAGGUUUAAAUGGAUUUAUUCGCAUUUGAGCAUGAUUGAAAAGGGAAAUUAAACUUUUAUCAUUUUC